CUCCGAGCCAUUUGCUUCGUGUCAAUCAACCAGCGUGGACGCUUCUUAAGCAUCCAGCGGAGGAGGGAGAGUUGCCGACUAACGAAGAGGAGGAGCAAAACUGCGUCGAGAGGCCGGUGGAGAGAAAAGGCGGCGUCUUAAGGGAAAAUUCCGACGGGUUCAGCUGGUUCCGUUUUCUCUCUGGUGGCCCGAAGCAAGAUGUCUGGGGAAUUUGCUAGAAGCUUGGGAAAAGGAAAUCUAGCCCCAGGGCCAGUGCCUGAAGGAACCAUCCGUCUGUACAGUAUGCGUUACUGCCCUUUUGCACAGAGAACACGACUCGUUCUGAAAGCCAAAGGAAUCAACCAUGAAAUUGUUAAUAUCAAUUUGAAAAACAAACCAGAGUGGUUUUUUGAGAAGAACCCAUUUGGAACGGUACCUGUGCUAGAAACAAGCAAGGGUCAGCUGAUCUAUGAAUCUCCAAUCACUUGUGAAUAUCUGGAUGAAGCUUACCCUGAAAAGAAGUUGUACCCUGCGGACCCUUAUGAAAAAGCUUAUCAGAAAAUGAUUUUGGAAUACUUCUCCAAGUUACCUCCAAUAAGCUACAAGUAUACUCUGGCUAUCAGGAAAGGUGAAGAUGCAUCAGCAUCGAAGAGUGAAUACCAGGAGAAGCUUCUCAAGCUCGAAGAGAUGCUCGCAAACCACAAAACUAAGUUCUUUGGUGGAGAUUCAGUAUCCAUGAUUGAUUAUCUAAUCUGGCCAUGGUUUGAACGGAUGGAGGCCUCCCAAUUAAUUGAAUGUUUGGACCAUACUCCAGAGUUAAAAUGUUGGGUUGAUCUGAUGAAGCUAGAUCCAGCUGUUCAGGCCACAAUAACUGAUCCUCAAAUCUAUAAGGGCUUCGUUGAAGUGUAUUUCAAUAAUAGUCUUGAGGCCUGUGAUUAUGGGCUCUGAAAACUAUGGAAAGCUUUUUCAGUGGAUGACAAGGGAUAUUGACAGCUAUUCCAGCAUGUCAUCUGAUAUCUGAAAUGCUUUAGUUUCAUUGUGUUUUGUGUUUUUGUUAUUCAAUGAGUAUAUAAUUGGACUAAAAUGGUAAUUACCUGCAAUAUAUGUUUUCCAUUGUAAAUGAAAAUGGCCAACAUUUAUCAGGUAGAAAACCUUUUUUUAUCUUUAUCUUUCUGCCAAUCUAAAUAACAAUGUUGACUUUUUUGCCUUGUUUAUCAGUUUAGAAUAGACAUCAAUUUGACUUUGUCUCUGUUUGGAAACUUAUUUUUGCCUUUCAGGAAUAAAAACACUUCAGAUGCA